AAGUUGCAGCAAUGCCAGCCCCAGCCUACCUAUCUCCUCCCUUCCUCCCGCUCCACCACCCCGCCACCAGCACGAGCGCGCACCUCCUCUCCGGUGGCCGCAACCAUCGAAGCCGCCCACGGCACAUGUCAGGUACCGCCAACGAGGCAUCUCCGUUCGGAGUCAGGAAGGAUAUGCUCCUCCGGAUACCUACGAGGCCACAACAUAUGCUCUGCAGAAAGUCUUCGUCCCAUAAUACUAUUAACGUAAUGGCGUGCGGCUACACCCUACCAGGUCCCGUGCUUCUUAAAGCCAAGGUCGGCGACGGUGACCGCGACGGAGGGGACGACCUCCUCCUGGCAUCGCGGCGACACGCGUAAGAAGAGGCGGACCGCCUUUCUGCUCCGCACGCUACUGUUCAUGUGCGCGGCAUUCCGCGUGGCCGUUGCGCUCACCCGCGUUUUAUACCACGCCGCGGCCGGCAGCGUCCUCGGCGUGGCCAGGGUCCUCUUCGCGGCGGCCAACGAGCGGUGCCUUCGGUGCGUGAACCAGGCGGCGCUCGGGCGCAGCGUCACCGGCACCUUCUGCGGGGACUUGUUGGUGGGAGCCAUGGCGCACUCGUGGAGGGUGCUCAUGCAGGGGCUCACGUCGCUCAUGUUCCUCUGCGCGCGCGCCGACGAGUACGUCCGGCCGCCGCCGAGCCCGCUCGUGCUGACGGCGCACGACAAGCCGGCGGCUCAUCCUCAGCAGGUGCAUAUUUCAACUGUGGGAAGCAACAACAUGAGGAUUUCAUGGGUCACUGACGACCGGAAGGCGCCGUCGGUGGUCGAGUACGGCAAAUCUCGCGGCAACUACACGGUGUCGACGACCGGCGAUCACGCGACGUACCGGUAUUUCUUCUACAAGUCCGGCGCGAUCCACCACGUCACGAUCGGCCCGCUGGCGCCCAGCACGACCUACCACUACCGGUGCGGCAAGGCCGGCGACGAGUUCACCCUCAAGACGCCUCCGGCGUCCCUCCCCAUCGAGCUCGUCGUCAUCGGCGACCUCGGCCAGACCGGCUGGACCGCGUCGACGCUGUCGCACAUCGGCGGCGCGGACUACGACAUGCUGCUGCUCCCGGGCGACCUGUCGUACGCGGACACGCAGCAGCCGUUGUGGGACUCGUUCGGGCGGCUGGUGCAGCCGCUGGCGAGCGCGCGGCCGUGGAUGGUGACGGAGGGCAACCACGAGGUGGAGGCGCUCCCCGUCGUGGGCUUCGCGCCCUUCGUCGCGUACAACGCGCGGUGGCGCAUGCCGCACGAGGAGAGCGGCUCCGCCUCCAACCUCUACUACUCCUUCGACAUGGCCGGCGGCGCGGCCCACGUCGUGAUGCUGGGCUCCUACACGGAGUUCGAGCAAGGGUCGGAGCAGUACGCGUGGCUGGAGCGGGACCUCGCCGGCGUGGACCGGCGGAAGACGCCGUGGCUGCUGGUCCUGCUGCACGCGCCGUGGUACAACACCAACCAGGCGCACCAGGGGGAGGGCGAGGCGAUGCGCGCCGCCAUGGAGACGCUCCUCUACGAGGCCCGCGUCGACGUCGUCUUCUCCGGACACGUCCACGCCUACGAGCGAUUCACGAGGAUCUACGACAACGAGGCCGACAGCCGGGGCCCGAUGUUCAUCACCAUUGGCGACGGCGGCAACAGGGAAGGGCUUGCUCUCAAGUUCCUCAAGGAUCACAAGUCAGCGCACCUGUCGAUGUUCCGGGAGGCGAGCUUCGGGCACGGUCGGCUGAGAAUCGUCAACGAGACGAGCGCCGUUUGGACAUGGCACCGCAACGACGACGAAUACGCCACCGUCCGCGACGAGGUCUGGCUGGAGAGCUUGGCUACUCCAAAGCUGUCCAUGGCAACCACCGGUCGUCACGACGAGGAGUUGUAGGAUGUUGCACAUCAAUAAGCACCCUAGUCUACAAGACACUUUGCAGAAAAAAGAGUGUUUUUUUUUUUGAAUCAUUCAUUCCCUAAAGUUGUACGUUUGCCACUAUAGUGUUUUUUUUACCCAACACCGUAGAACAAUUGUUCUAGGGUAAAUUUUUACCUAAUCUUUACCUAAUUUUUUUAAUUUUUUUAAUAAUAAAGCAAAUUGGGUUUCUGGUCA